AUGAAUAGCAGGCAUCGUUUUUCCGAUGAUUACUCCGACACAACCGACGACUACUCCGGCGAUGAAACAGUGGAAGUGGAGUCGACGGAGAGUAAGAGCAGCAUUCACGGCGGCGCAUUCCGUCGAGGUGUUUUACUGGCGUGGGAACAGGUUUAUUUGCUUGCAUGCAUCAGUGGUAUGUUCAUCGACCCGCUGUUUUUCUACACACUCUCCAUAAGCGACUCCUGGAUGUGUGUGUUCAUCGACGGGUGGUUUGGUAUCACCGCCACGGUGGUCCGGUGCAUGACCGACGCCUUGCACGUGGCCAACAUGUGGUUACAGUUCAAGUGGAACAGGUGGUCGCGUUACGCCGUCGGAUCACGACAUGACGACAGGAAUUCAUGCAACGUGUCCCGGAAGGCGUUCCUGUUCGAUCUCUUCGUCAUCCUCCCAAUCCCUCAGGUGGUGUUAUGGGUAGUGAUUCCUGCAUUGUUAAAGAAGGGUUCGACGACAGAAAUAAUGACAGUUUCUUUAAUCAUGUUCUUGUUUCAAUACUUACCAAAGAUUUAUCACUCUGUAUGCCUUUUGCGACGUAUGCAAAAUCUCUCAGGCUACAUUUUUGGUACUGUUUGGUGGGGGAUUGCUCUCAAUUUGAUCGCUUAUUUCGUUGCCUCUCAUGCAGUAGGAGCAUGUUGGUACUUGCUUGGUAUGCAAAGGGCUGCGAAAUGCUUGAAAGAAAAAUGCAUGGAAGCAAACGGGAUUUGUGUGUCAAGAUUUUUGACAUGUCAAAAUCCUGUUUAUUAUGGCACAGAUAAGUUCGUGAAAGAUCACACAAGGCUCUUAUGGGGAUCAAAUAAAGAGGCGAGAACAACUUGUCUUGAAAACGAAGACAAUUCUAGCUAUGGAGCUUAUAAAUGGACUCUUCAACUCGUUACCAAUGAUAGCCGUUUGGAAAAGAUACUUUUUCCCAUUUUUUGGGGACUCAUGACUCUUAGUACGUUCGGGAACUUAGAGAGCACAACCGAUUGGUUGGAAUGUGUUUUCAUCAUUAUCGUUCUCACAACAGGGCUUCUUCUAGUCACCAUGUUGAUUGGAAAUAUCAAGGUGUUUUUACAUGCAACAACAUCAAAGAAACAAGCUAUGCAAUUGAAAAUGAGAAACAUAGAGUGGUGGAUGAGGAGGAGGCACCUUCCUCAGAGUUUCCGGCAAAGAGUACGUAAUUAUGAGCGCCAACGAUGGGCGGCAAUGCGUGGUGUGGAUGAAUGUGAGAUGAUACGCAAUCUCCCUGAGGGUCUCAGGAGAGACAUUAAAUAUCAUCUCUGUUUGGACUUGGUCCGACAGGUACCAUUAUUUCAACAUAUGGACAAUUUGGUCCUUGAGAAUAUAUGCGAUCGUGUCAAGUCCCUCAUUUUUACCAAGGGAGAAACGAUUGCAAGAGAAGGAGACCCUGUACAGAGAAUGUUAUUCAUAGUAAGAGGCCAUCUUCAAAGCAGCCAAGUACUCCGAGAUGGUGUCAACAGUUGUUGCAUGUUAGGCCCCGGAAACUUCAGCGGCGAUGAGCUCUUAUCAUGGUGUCUCCGACGGCCCUUCAUCGAGAGACUACCACCCUCAUCAUCAACGCUUGUGACUCUCGAAACAACUGAAGCUUUUGGGCUAGAAGCUGAUGAUGUCAAAUAUGUAACGCAACAUUUCAGGUAUACAUUUGUGAAUGAAAAGGUGAAGAGGAGUGCUCGAUAUUAUUCUCCAGGGUGGAGGACUUGGGCGGCGGUGGCGAUUCAGUUGGCAUGGCGGAGGUACCGACAUAGACUCACUUUGACGUCGUUGUCUUUCAUUAGGCCGAGAAGACCAUUGUCGAGGUGUUCUUCACUUGGGGAAGAUCGGUUGAGGCUUUACACCGCUUUGUUGACUUCGCCCAAACCAAAUCAAGAUGAUUUUGACUUUUGAGAUUGUAGAUUUGGGUGUUAUAAUGUUCGUAUAAAGAUAAUAAAAAGAGAAGUAUAAAGUUGUAUAUGUAAUAU